GCUGUGCUGUGGAGGCGUCUUCUCAGGGUCUCUGCGCUGAGGCCCGGCCCCCUUCGUGAGUUCUCUCGGAGCUAGACCCCGGCUCCGGCCGACCAUUUCCGAGCUGCCAUGUCUUCCGACUUCGAAGGCUACGAGCAGGACUUUGCAGUGCUCACUGCUGAGAUCACCAGCAAGAUUUCCAGGGUCCCUCGGCUCCCUCCCGAUGAGAAGAAGCAAAUGGUUGCCAACGUGGAGAAAGAGCUUGAAGAGGCCAGAGAAUUGCUUGAACAGAUGGAUUUGGAAGUCCGAGAAAUUCCACCGCAAAGUCGGGGAAUGUACAGCAACAGAAUGAGAAGCUACAAGCAGGAAAUGGGAAAGCUGGAGACAGACUUUAAAAGGUCACGGAUUGCCUACAGUGACGAAGUACGGAAUGAGCUCCUAGGGGAUGAUGGGAAUUCCUCCGAGAACCAGAGGGCACAUCUGCUGGAUAACACGGAGAGGCUGGAAAGGUCAUCGCGGAGACUAGAGGCUGGAUACCAGAUAGCAGUGGAGACCGAGCAAAUCGGCCAAGAGAUGUUGGAAAACCUUAGUCAUGACAGAGAAAAGAUACAGCGGGCACGUGAGCGACUCCGGGAAACAGAUGCAAACUUGGGGAAAAGCUCCAGAAUCCUGACAGGGAUGUUGCGAAGAAUCAUCCAGAACCGCAUCCUGCUCGUCAUCUUGGGGAUCAUCGUGGUCAUCACCAUCCUGACUGCCAUCACUUUCUUUGUCAAAGGGCACUGAUGCAUCUGCUCUCCCUUGAUAAACAGUGAUCUUGUCUUGUUCGGAGUAAUUAAGACAAAAUGGUCACAUGAAUCAUUCUGUUGUGUUGACAGGCCCCGGGUAACCCUCUGUCCCUCCCUUGCCACUGUUGAGCUGGAGCACAGAGAGUGUAAAGAUGUUUCUGUCCCCAUCUGCAUGUGGGUUGAUUUCCUUUCUGAGGUUGGUCUUUGCCCAGAUUUGUCGGGUUUUUUAAUAGGUAAAGGUGAAUACUUAUUUGCCUUUAGGUAACUUCAUCUGCUGUCCAAAAUAGCUUUGGUGACAUUCUUCCUUGCCUUGUGGACAUGCCUGGGGUCACGGCUGGAGAGAGGAUGUGAUGACUCAGGCACAGAAGCCUCUCUGUGUCACGUACCUCUCUUUACCAGAAAGGUUGAUGUCCAUGGAUAACAUGUCAGAAAAAUCAGAGGCCAGCGCCCGUGAGCAGUUCCAGAGGUCAGCCCCAUCCUUCCCGGCAUACUGCGCACAGCCAUCUUGCCCAGACAACUUUAUUGCAAAGAAGAAGAUUCACUGUCACUUGCACAAGAAAUUGACUUAGCACUUUCCGUGUCUUUUUAGUAUGUGUGUGUGCGUAUACGUGUGUAUUCACAAGGAAGAAAUAUUUACUCACCUUCCCCAAAUGCCAUAGUCCCCAGACUCUGCCGGCAGUGUGAGAACUGGCACAGUGUUUAAUUGUGACCUCCUCUUCCCUGCCUGUGUAAGCAUUUCUGUAUCUUCUCUGCUUUAAUAUGUGCUCAGUCAGUGGCCGUCCUCCCUCGUUCACGCAGACGGUCUGAGAAGGUUCUGUCCACCUCCCGUCUAGCAUGAGGAUUUCAGAGAGCGUGAGCAGGACUCCUCCGCUGUGGGCAUUUAGCCUGUGGUGAUGAAAUGGGAGAGCCCUGUAUGACAGUCCACUAGGCAAACCUUGGUGGGAAGUGUCCCCUCACCUCCUCCCGCAGUGUGGAACUGCUCGGGUUUUCCCAACGACCAUCAGCAAAGCCCUCCUGGGUUCUCUCUACGUUCAGACCUCUGUCACACUCCGUGACUUUCUUCCCUCUCUUUCUGCCUGAGGUAACGGGAAUUGUGAGUCCAUUUGUGAUCAGGCCUAAAAGUUGCCCACGCUGAAGUCGUUUUCCCUCCAGUCAUGAGCAAAAUGUGUUUUUCUUAAGACUUCAUAGGCAUUUACAGGUCUGUACUAUUGUUUUUAAUAUAAUUGGAAGCUUUGAAUUUUUGAAAAGCAAGUCUUUUCAUAAAAGAUGCUAACCACCUAUACUCAUGGAGCAAGAUUAUACUAUACUAGAUCUCCCACCACACACACACACACACACACACACACACACACACACACGUGCGCACGCACUUGCAAGCAUACACAUACACACUCAUACUCCAAAGAGAACCAUUAUAGAGUAGACAGGAAAUACAAAAUCCACCAGAGAAAUUGUGCUUGUGUAAACAGGCCGGGGCCUGUAUGUGUUCAGAUAAAUCAUUUAUUAUUGUGUAAAUAAAGGUGUAGUGUCUGUGUCGGAAGGGUGGGAUUUUGGGCGACCAAAGUGGUACAGCCGUGGAGAAGGGCCGGAAGCUGUGCUGACUCUUCUGCCAUCUAAAGGGACCAGCUCAGAAUCAAGAAACUUUGAUUCUGAUCACUGAAUUCUGGGCAGCCUAAAUGUAAGAAAGAACCCAUUAAAAGCAUGGAGACAACCCACCAGCCUCCGCUGAUGCUGGUGAAGUAGACCGAUGGCUCUGGUGGCCUCCAGAAAUGGGGUUCCUCAGUUAAGGGUAUUCCGAGUUCUAAGCUGUCUCUCCCACCUGCCCCCACCUUCCAGCCCCCUUCUUCCCAAGGCCACCUAACAAGCAGGGUGGAGCCAAGCACGGGCACUUGCUGGCCCCGAAGCAUUUCACUGAAGCCUGCCUUGUUCGCGCAGAAGACCCGAGAAGCAGGCAUUUGCUGCUCACCUCUCACUGGCCUUCUCUGCCAAGUUCCCUUUUGCUGCUGCCAGUGAUUUGGGAGUGGGUACUGUGAACAUACAACCUUGGACCCAGCAGCUCCAUCACAUCCUGACCCGCUCUGUCCGCCUGGUGCCAUGGGAAGAAUUGGGGCUGGGGCUGUACUCCCCUCCCUCCCCUCCAGGCCAGGAAGAGUGUGUGAACCUGGAACAGGUGCCUGUGUGUGGAAGGCUCUAGGUUCCUAUUCUGUAGACUUCGGUUGUUGAAUAUUUCUGAAGUUGGGAGCCUUUGUUUCCGAGUGUGUGGGAGGUAGGGGAGGAUGGCUGACAGCACGGAGGAAGAGGAGGAGGAAGCCCUCGCCAUAUAAAAUUCAUGCAGACUAAACAGUUUCUGGGACAGUAUAAAUAAAGCGGAUGCAACCUCG